UGGGAGGAGAAAGUGACACAUUUCUUUGUUCUCUUACAAAGCUUUCUCUGUAAGGAGAAAGCUUUUUACUUAAACAAACAAACAAAAGGACCCCAACAAGCAGCACCAUCUGCCAGAUAGCAGGGUGAGAGCAAUUGAGAGCUUUGGGGCAGAAGGUGGUGAUGUCUGAAUGGAGUUACCAAACAUGGGCUUUUUCUUUUCGCCUGGAAGGGGAAUUUGAUGAAGCUCCUAAGUCAGAGCAGCUGUGUGGAUGUUAGCUUCAAACUGCUUUCUUUGGAGAGCUGGUAUGUUAUCAAGGCAGGAAUCUGUCCUGAGGAGAUCCCAGAUGGGGCCUUGACACCAUAAAUGUACAAAGGCACUCAGUUGCACAAAAACUGCAGAAACAACUUCGUUCUGAAGAACGUGAGCCACGGGUGGUGGAGUGCCAAGAAAAGCAAGCAAGGGGUAAGGCCAAGCAGUUCUCUACAUGAGAAGGCUACAUUGGUCUCAGAUGUUUAAAAAUUCUUGGUGCAAGCUUCUCCGUGGAUAAAUUCUGGUUUGAAUGGCCUCUUGUAACUGAAAAUCUGCUUAAAGCAGAGAUGUGAAAAAUGCCUGCAUCCUCGCUAUAGUGUUUGGAGGUUAGUAGCAGGCCAAAUUGAGGUUCUUGCCCUGAUGGCCUAACUCAUUGCUGGUGGCACGUCAGGCUCUGCUGCAGGGAGAGCUUUGCUGCUCAGUGAGAGGAGAACAAGAAUGGCUCUUGAAAUGAUUCCACACAGCAGCCUGUGCUGCUUGCUGCUGAGGCUGGGGAUGCUGGGUGUGAGGGGUUGUGCUGGCAGCAGCUCCACGUGGAGAAUCUCUCUUAUGCUCACUCACCCUUGAGUCUCCCUUGACUGUCAGUGCUAUUUUAAGGCUGAACCAUCAUGUGUACAUGUGGGCAGUGAGGGAAGGGUUGCUUUGUCCCCCAGGGCAGCCCUGCCUUUGGGGUUUGAAGGCUCAGGAGGUGCCCGUGUAAAGCAACACUCACAUGUGAGCAGCUGGUGAGGGCUGGGAGGGCUCCUGUCUGCUCCCAGUUCCUGUAAACUCCAACAGCUGCGCAGCAAACCUGCUGACCCUUGUGCUGAGAAGGGCUGUGGGGCUGUGUGCAUCCAGAAAGUACCUGGCUUGGUGCCUGUGGGCAGGAAAUGGACAUGCUGGGACUCUCUGUUCCGGGCUCGUGUGACAGGCAUGGGCUGCUGCAGGCUGUGCUGUCCCCUCUGUCGGGGCUCCCUGGUGUCCCCACAGUGUCACUGCUGUGUUCUGGGGGUUCCAUGCACCAAACUGGGCUUCUGGGGUUCCAGGCUGGGCCUUUGACUUGCUGGAGGUUGAGAUGGGGAGAGGAAAGAAGGCAAGGUGUGUAUCUUAUGGUUUUUAAUGGUUCAGUGACUGAGCUCCAUAGUGGGACUUGGAUACUGUCAUUUCCAGAUAGCUGCCUUAGUUAAUUGAUAUCCAGGUGACCCAGCAAGCUGCUAAAUAGCUGGGUUUUUUAAGUGUGUCAAGGUGCAGCUUUGGAGGAAUGGAGAGCUGUUUCACUGACACUUGGUGCUCCUGGCUAGCAGGGUGGCUGCAGAUGCUGCCUCUGGUGAGAUUUUGAAGGGGCAGGUCUUGAGUGCCCACAGUGCCCACGCAGGUCCAAACCUGCACCUGUGGCAUGAGUAACAAUCAGUUACAAUCCCAGCCUUUAUCUGGGUAAUCUGAGAGAGCCUGGUGUGACACGGAACUGGAUCUGCAGGAGGCACAGCAAUGUGUGUCAACACCUCCAGAGGGAGGGGACACCUGGGCAGACUGCCUGCAAGGAGCAGUGCCCACAUCAGUUGCAAGUUUUGGUCAGAAAUCAGAAUUGAGUGGCUCCUGGAGCUUGAGGUGGAAGAGAUUUCUCGAUGCAUUUGGGCACUGGAGAGCACUGUGCUGUGUGUUAGGGCUGAGGACAAACACCCCUGUGUGGUUAAGAUGGGAAAAUGGGCUUGGAGCUUGCAGUCACUCAGUGGAGAGGAAGGUGCCACAACCAGCACUUGUUCAGAGGCAUGUGCUCUUAUGUUAUUUGGAAUAGGCUGUCUUCAAACUUGGCAAAAACUCCACCCAAUCCUCAGUCUGGACUGGCUCUGAAGGAAUCCUUGACCUCAUGGGAAUCUCCAUUUCAAGGUGCACAGCAGGGAUUGCAUUGGCAUAAAACCCUUCUCAACAGGAGAACAUUCAGUGUGCUCUCAAACCUUGUUCUGGCACACCUGAGAGGACACAGGAGGAGUCUGUGCAGGAAUGGGUCUGACCCAGGUGUAAUCCUGGGGUCCAGGGGGACAGAGCUGAUGGCCCAGCAGGUGGCAGGGUGGCAGCAGGGACAAGGUGGCUUUGCAGGGCCCUCCAUGGAACCCUGUUUGGCCUGGAGCCUGACAGAAGAGCUGGGCAGCCCAAUCAUCUGUGCUCAGAUGGGUUUCUCCAGGGUGAACAGCUCCAUGGCCAGCUCUCAUCUGUGCUCAGAUGGGUUUCUCCAGGGUGAACAGCUCCAUGGCCAGCUCUCAUCUGUGCUCAGAUGGGUUUCUCCAGGGUGAACAGCUCCACAGCCAGCUCUGUCCAUCCUGGCUGGUGUCCCCAAGGCAUUGGUGUUACCUGGGCAGGUUCAGGUGGUGCUUCCAUUGAAGGUCAGCAGUAGCAGUGUGAUUAAGUCACUGCAAGAAUAAAACCUCAAGGUGAGUUUAGUCUGGUGGGAGGUUUCAAUGGCGGAAAAGGCUGUUGGAUAUGGUGGCUCUGUUUGAUGUUGCAGACAUUGGCUGUUGCAGACAGUUUACAUCUGUGCUGUGUUUGGGAGGUUGUGGUGCACGGGCUGCUGGGUGGCAGUGGCUUUCUCACUGCUUUCAGACUGGUGUUUGCACACAGCAAAUCCUGGCCAAGCCAUCCAGCCUGCUCCAAAGGAGGAAUCAGAGCUUCAGCAGCAGCCAAGAAACAGCUGAACACACUUUGGGAGUGAGCAGCCCAGAAAAGACAGAAACCUGCAUGCUGGAGACUGCACAACUGCCUUAUCUCUGCUGCUCUUGAUGUCUACACUUUGAAAAAGCAAGGCAGCUUCUCUUCUGCUUGCUCCUGAGCAUGUUGAGUGCAUCUUGCUUCAGAACAGAGCUCUUGCCUGUUUCUACAAUGCUGCUUCAUCCCUAUUUCUUAACUUCUAUUAAUCUGUCUCAGCCCUGGUUUUCUGACUGGAAACUUUCCAUUGAUGUCAUGGGAGCUUUCCGUGGCCCACAUCAAAUAGCUGGGUUCACCAGGAAUGAAGUGACUCUCCAAAUGUUUAUGUUAAACACUUCUUUGGAGGCAUGCUGACUGAUGAGGACCUGUGGUGGCUGAGCUAUGUGGGGAGGAUAGGUUGGCUGUGCAGCUUUUGUCUUGCCUUUGAAGCUGGAAGUGCUGGCAGCUGUGGAGUGCCCUGAUAAGGGCUCAGGAGUGUUCCAUCACUGUCUCCUGCACUGCAGAGCUCUCUCUGUGGCUCACCCUCGUGGAAAGGACGGCCAAGCCCGGAUAGUCACAGCAGAAAGCUGUUGGUGUAAUUACAGGCAAUCCUGAGCGGUGCACAUCUGGACAGAGCCUCCUGGCAGCCUCUGCUGCGGGGCUGGAUGACAGCAGGAGCUGCCAGGUGAAUCCAUGAGCCUGUGAGGAGGCCAGCCAUGGGUCAGAAGGUCACGGGGGGGAUAAAGACAGUGGACAUGAGGGACCCUGUGUACCGGCCGCUGAAGCAGGAGCUGCAGGGGCUGGACUACAGCAAGCCCACGCGGCUGGAGCUGCUGCUGGACAUGCCCCCCGUGUCCUACGAGGUGCAGCUGCUGCACUCGUGGAACAACGACGACCGCUCGCUGAACGUGUUCGUCAAGGAGGACGACAAGCUCAUGUUCCACCGGCACCCGGUGGCGCAGAGCACGGACGCCAUCCGCGGCAAGGUGGGCUACACGCGGGGGCUGCACGUGUGGCAGAUCACCUGGGCCAUGCGCCAGCGCGGCACCCACGCCGUCGUGGGGGUGGCCACGGCCGAGGCGCCGCUGCACUCCGUGGGCUACACCACCCUGGUGGGCAACAACCACGAGUCCUGGGGCUGGGACCUGGGCCGCAACAGACUCUACCACGACGGCAAGAACCAGCCCAGCAAGACCUACCCCGCCUUCCUGGAGCCCGACGAGACCUUCAUCGUGCCCGACUCCUUCCUGGUGGUGCUGGACAUGGACGACGGCACGCUCAGCUUCAUCGUGGACGGGCAGUACAUGGGGGUGGCCUUCCGGGGCCUCAAGGGCAAGAAGCUGUACCCGGUGGUGAGCGCCGUGUGGGGCCACUGCGAGAUCCGCAUGUGCUACUUGAACGGACUGGACCCCGAGCCCCUGCCCCUGAUGGACCUGUGCCGGCGGGCCGUGCGGCUGGCCCUGGGCAAGGAGCGGCUGGCCGAGAUCCCCACCCUGCCCCUGCCCGCCGCCCUCAAGAGUUACCUGCUCUACCAGUGAGCGCCAGGACGCAGGUGGAUGGAGCUGCCCGGGCCCUGCCCUGCUGGAGCUGCCGGCCGAGGAUGGAUCCCUGCAUCCCUGCACUGCUGCUGCAGCCUCCCGGGCUCUGCUCCUCGGGAGCCCCUGCCCCAGCACACUGAGCAGAGGAACAUUGCCAGAGCCCUGUGCUCCCCUCUCCUCCUGGGAGAGGCUGUGCUGCCUCCCCGGGCUCGGGGGAAUGGUUCUGGGCCAGCCAAAGGGAAGGAUGGUGAGAAAAGAAUAAUGGUAAAAGUAAGAGUUCAAACGUGAUCUGAGGAAGAGGAGGCACUAGGAAUAGAAAUGUCAAGACCACGUCCUGAGAAGGGAAAGGCUCAGGAUGGCCAGCAGAGUUGGAAAGAGUCUGGAGUACCAUAAAGAAUUAAUUGAUGAGUUUUUAAAAGCCAAAAAAUAAAAAACGUACAACCCCAAGCCCUGAAACGCCAAAACCAAGAGCCCUUCCUCCACCAGGACCCUUCUGAGCUUGGAGAAGGUGGUUGUGUUGCUGAUGUCUGUGCUGGGAUCCUCGCCCUGCUCUGUUGCUGUCUCACAGGUGGUGACUCCUGCUGCCUUGUUUAGCGCCAGGGCUCGUCCUGCUCUGCUCUGCCUCCUCCCAGGGCUUCCACAGCUGAUUUUGCAGUCAGGCUGUGCCCCCACACUCCUCCUUCCUGCUGAGAGCUGCAGCUCUGCUCUGGGGUCCCUGGCUGGGCUGGGACUGUGUGUCACACAUCUGUGUGUGUGUGUCACACAUCUGUGUGUGUGUGUCACACAUCUGUCACACAUCUGCCACAGCUGCAGCUCCUGUGCCCUGGGCUCUGCCCCAUGCUCAGCCCUCAGAGACCCCUCCAUGUGCUCUGAUGGCACUGCCAGGGAAUCCUGUCCUUGAUAAGCUGCUGAAAUCCACCCAAGCCAGGCUCAGCGUGUCCCAGAGCACCCCAAUGCCCCCAAACCCUGCAGCAGAGGGGCUCCCUGCCCUCUGUCCCAGAGCAGGGUCACAGAGGCUCAGGCAGGCACAGCAGAGGGAACUGAACCUCUCCAGAGCUGCAAUAAACAGGACGAGCAAUUCAGGCAAAAUCAGCACAUCCCAAAUAGAUCCUCAGUAGCCAAGUAAAGAGGUGGCACUCCUCUGUUAGCAGGAGCUGCUCUCUUGACCUCUCCACAGGUUACUAUGCUGCCUUUCUGGGGUUAUUUUGCACAUUUCUUUGUGUGUUUUUUUUUUCCUUGAAAAAUGUUUGUGUGAUUGUUUUGUUUUUGCUUUUGAGUUAUCCCUUCAGUUUUGUGUAGGUACAAAUGAGUUUAGUUGCUGAAAAUGUUAAUAUAUAUAUGUGGGGUGUAUGUAUAAGAACAUGUUUUAAACAGCUGCUGUAGGGUACCUUUUUGAAAAUAAACUACUUGCAUAGUAUAUUUUUUAAAGCACAGAGUUGGUGCCAAGACUGGGUGGGGUGUGACGUGCCCCUUUUUUAUUCUAAUAUUAUAUGAGGUUUUGUUUUUCAACGUAGGGGUUUGUACUAGUUUCUGCUGCAGGGCAGGACACAAAAUCCAGUGUGUGGAGCCCUGCUUGGUUGCCUUCAACUCGAGCCAGUGUCUUCCAGAGCUGCAGGGAAGAAGCUGUGUUCUCCCUACUCCUGCUGCCCUUUGUGCUCCCUCAUUUCCAUCUCUCCUCACCUCACCAGGACAUGACUCUGUACAGUUUAAAAUCCUUUCUAUUUUAUGACUGUAGAUAGCACUCAGUAACCUAAUAAACUUUAUUGAAUAUUA